AUGUGGUUCUGGUCCCGGGACCCGGCCCGAGAUUUCCCCUAUGAGGUCACCGGAGAACGGGAGGAAUUACCGGGAGGCUGGGGGAUCCAGAAGGGGAAAAGAAGGGCUGGUGGUGACCUAGUAUCUGUAUUCACUUACGAUAUCCGUCCGGGGGUAGAUGAACAGACGCAAGCAGCCAAAUCGGCAUUAAAAAGAAUCAAGACACUGCGACACCCAAAUAUUUUAUCAUAUGUGGAUGGAUUAGAGACUGAUAAAUGCUUGUACGUAGUGACAGAACCACUGACAACUCUGGGGACAUAUAUCAAAUCCAGGAGUGACUCUGGCGGGAUCAGUGAAUUAGAGAUUUCCUGGGGUCUACACCAAAUUGUGAAAGCGCUCAGCUUCCUGGUCAAUGAUGGUAACCUCAUUCACAACAAUGUCUAUAUGUCAUCGGUGUUUGUUGAUCGGGCAGGGGAGUGGAAGUUGGGGGGGCUGGAUUAUAUGUAUCCAGCAGGUAGUGAAGACAGUGCACCUAGAAAAGGACCUGAGCUGGAGAAGUACAAUCCCCCUGAGAAGUCAGACCGCUCAAAGACAUCUAAGGAGAAGUGGUCAGCUGACGUGUGGUGCCUUGGUUGUUUGAUAUGGGAGGUCUUUAAUGGUCCCCUCCUUCGCACAAAUUCUCUGCGUUCACUAGGAAAGAUCCCUAAAUCACUGGUGCCUCACUACUGUGAACUUGUCGGUGCCAACCCUAAAAUUCGCCCUAACCCAGCACGAUUCCUCCAGAACUGUCGAGCCCCUGGUGGGUUCUUCUGCAACAGCUUUGUGGAAACCAAUCUGUUCCUGGAAGAAAUACAGAUUAAAGACCCCGCUGAACGACAGACAUUUUUUGAACAGCUGAGUGAAAAUCUAGACUCUUUUCCUGAAGAUUUCUGUCGCCAUAAAAUUCUUCCACAACUUCUUACAGCCUUUGAAUUUGGCAGCGCUGGCGCUGUUAUCCUAACACCCUUAUUUAAGAUUGGAAAGUUUUUGACUGCAGAUGAAUAUCAACAAAAGAUCAUUCCUAUCAUUGUUAAAAUGUUCUCCUCUACAGAUAGAGCCAUGAGGAUACGACUCUUGCAGCAGAUGGAGAAUUUCAUCCAGUACUUAAAUGAACCAACAGUCAACGCACAGAUCUUCCCACAUGUGGUCCAUGGCUUUAUGGAUACUAAUCCUGCAAUCCGGGAACAGACAGUGAAGUCCAUGUUGCUGCUGGCUCCCAAAUUAAAUGAAAACAAUUUAAAUGUGGAGUUGAUGAAGCAUUUUGCCCGACUUCAAGCACGGGAUGAUCAAGGGCCAAUCCGGUGCAACACAACUGUGUGUUUAGGCAAGAUCGCUUCCUACCUCAAUCCCGCUACACGGCAGAGGGUCCUCAUAUCAGCAUUCAGUAGAGCUACAAAAGAUCCAUUUUCCCCAUCGCGUGCUGCUGGUGUUCUUGGUUUUGCUGCUACACACAACUUUUACUCGAUGAAUGACUGUGCUGGUAAGAUCCUACCUGUGCUUUGUGGUGUCACAAUGGAUCCAGAAAAGAGUGUUCGAGAUCAGGCCUUUAAAGCAAUACGCAGCUUUUUGGAUAAACUGGAGUCUGUGUCAGAGGAUCCAGCCCAGUUAGCAGAGCUUGAAAAAGAUGUACAUGCAGCAUCAACUAGCCCAGGUGUUGUAGGCGGCUGGGCUGGCUGGGCUGUCACGGGUGUCUCCUCCUUGACCUCCAAAUUUAUCCGGACCAGUGCAGCAGGAGGACAACAGGAUGUGGCUCCUGCACAGGCAGCAGCAUCAGGGCCAUCCGUAUCCCCAGCUACAGCACCAGCAGAAGCCAGUAAGCCGGCGGUACCUCCUGCUAACUUAUCAUCACCUUCUCACUAUGAACCUGAAGAAGAGGACAAUGAGGUUGAUGAAAACACUUUAGACCGAUGGGAUGAUGAAGACUGGGGAAGCCUUGAGGUAAGGAGUCAUAUUUGA